GAGAGAGAGAGAUGUGGGUAGGGAGACGGAGCCGUCUGGAAAACAGCAUCUUUCCUUCCUCCACUCUGCUCCUCCCCUCUUCCCUCUCGGCAUCUCUCCCACGCUCCAGAGCUCAGCCUUCAGCUCCCCGGAUCCUCCCUAACUCUCCAGAGCUGAGGUGGGCGUGCGGAGCCUCUGACCCUCUCUCGCCCACUCUCUUUCUCCGUCUCUCCCUCUUCGCGGCAGCUACAGGGGGCUAUGGAUGGACUGCGUUUACCUCCACUCAUAGAGGAGGCUCUGGACUCUACAGAUGACCCCUGCGAUCUGAAAGCCGAGUGCAGCCCCACAAUGGACAACGAGAUAACGGCCAAGGAGCGAGGCGUCCUGGAGGAGGACAACGAGAAGGAGGAGAUGGACCAGGAGAGAUCUCAGGAGGAGGAAGGGGAAGAAAAGAAGCUGAAGGAGGAGGAGAGGGAAGGCGAGGAGAAAAACCGGAAGGAGCAAGAGCCGCUGACGGAGGAGCAGGAGCUGGAGGAGCUGAGGGCCCAGGUGCUGCAGCUUCUCCUGGAGCUGGAAGACGUCAGGGAGACGUCCAACAAACACCAGGAGAGCUUCCAUGAGUUACAAGGUCUUUUGGAGGAUGAGCGUCUGGCCAGUGCCCAUCAGGCUGAGGCCUUCACACGGCAGAUCCAGAAUCUGCAAGCCCAGCUGCGCUCUGUGCAGGAAGAGAUGGACAGCCUGGAGGAGGAGAAGGAGAGCGAGCUGGCGGAGGCCCAGGAGGAGCUCCGCGUGGCCCAGGAGGAGGUGCUCCUGCUCCAGCAGGCGGCGGAGGAGGCGGCGGCAGAGAGGGAGAAUGACAUUGCGUCGCUGCAGGAGGAGCUGUGUCGCCGGCGGGCCGAGCUGCAGCGCCUCAGCGAGGAGACCCAGGAGUAUGAGCUGGAGAUCACCACGCUGAGAGCCGAGAUCAACAUGAAGAGCCAGCGCAGGGAUGCAGAGAGGAAAGAGGGUGACGUGGACCUGCUAAAGGAGGAGUGCCGUAUGCUGAGGGAGGAGUGUCAGACCCUGAAGGAGGACAACAGACGCCUCUCUGAGAGACUGCAGCUGCUGCAGAGACAGAGGACAUGCUCCAGUGUGUACCUGUCACUGAAAGAGGAAGACACAGUGGAGGGCACAGAGGGGAAGGAGAUGGAGACCGGCCCAGAUGAGGUCAUGACAGAGAGCUACAUGACCAUGGCCCAGUCUGAGAACUGUCGCCUGGUCGACGCCUCCAUCCAGAAGAACAUCUCAUUUGAUGGGAAGCCGAUGACACCCACAGGUUGGAAUGGAGGCGUUGGGGAGAUCUUCUCCCUGAGGGACCAGCUGAAACAGGCUGAGGAGAAGGCCUCACAGGUCCAGAAACAGUGCGACGGUCUGAAGAUGGAGCUGCAGGAGCUGCAGAUAUUGUAUGACAGCAGUCAGAGGGAGAGGGCGGAGCUGGAGGAGGAGCUGCAGCGCUGCAAGGCAGAGCUGGAGAAGCUGUCCGGGGGGACUCAGAGAUUCAUCCAUCCGUCUGAGCACCCUGUUCUCUCCAUCCCCUUCAUAGGAAUGAUUGUAAUUGUGGCUGUGGUCUGGUGCUGGUUGUCGGAGCUGGCGUCCCAGAGAGCAAGAGGAGUGAGGUAGGUUGGAACUCCAUUAUGACUAUCACUGCAGCCACAGCAGUGCUUCUAGUGAUGACUAGCUUAUUGAGAGCUCUCGUCCGAUGUUGAUUGGAUGGGUAACAACUGCACAGGAACAGACGUCUGCUUCGACCAGCCCUCGUUCUCUCCUGCCACGUCUAAUAGACUGAACUGGAUUGAUCUAAAUGUAAUAGAGCUGACAACUGUGUAGUAGGCAUGGGAAGUUUUAUCUCGAAUGCGACGGUACACGAGCACAUGGACUCAAUCUCUGAUGAGGUUGAAAACAGCAAUGACAAAGAGUUGACCUGCAGAGAGCCCACUAUGAGGACGGACGUGUCCACUAAAUGUAUGCUAGUGCUGUGUCAUUCCUCCCCUGUGUCUGUGAAUGUUAUUAUUUCUCUCAAUGUGACCAAAUGAAGGUCUUGAUUGUCAAUGUGCACCAAAUGGGUUUUAGUUUAUUUAAUCAUUAUUUAUUUUUUGUUGUUUUUUAACUAUUGUUCAUUGGUGUCAAUGGUAAUAAUGACAUUCAGUCCAUAUAUUUAAUGCACUGAAAACCCUGAAAUGUACAUAGAACUUUAAAACAUUAACAGAAGAGUUACCAGCAAACUACUAAAUGUAAUAAAUGUAACAUGUUGGAAAAGUGCAUUAGAAGUCUCAGAGUCUUCACAAACCUUAGCUCAUAAGCACAAAUAGGAUCCUUCCAGUGUUAUUCUGCCCCUCAAUGAUUUAUCAGUUGUUUCCACUUUAAACACAAAUGACAUGUAAUUUCAAAAAUUCAUGGUUACUCAAGCACCUGUCAAACCAGGGUUAAAGGGCGAGUUUGGUUCCUUGAAGGAGUGCUGCCACUGAAACCAAGCAAUGAGCUGCUGUAGACGUGGUCAGCAGCAAAAUGAAGUUUAGCCACUGAAAAGACGGCUCCUCUCAAAAAUCAAUACGAGUUUAUGAGUUAUUCUAUAUUUAGAACAUUAUCACCGCUUUAAAGCCUUUUGAUGGGAACCAAAGCUGGUAUAAGCUGCUUUCUUCAAAGCCUCAAGACUCCCUCGACUAAAACUGUAAUUUUAACUGGCAGAAGGCAGACGUUGCUGGUAUGCUACAACCUUGAUCAGUUAGUUUGUGUUAUUGUGUCUCUGGCAAAAUUAACACGUUAGUUCAGGUCCAAAUUAACCUGUUAAAGCACCAAACCCAUAGCAGUAAACAACUCCUGUCUUCUGCAAGGUUGAAUAACUUAAAUACAAUUGUAAUUAAUUCACUACCAAUGAGAACCUCGUUCAACUUCACUUCAAAGAAACCCAACUAUCCCUUUAAUGAUGUUCGAGACACGUUACCCCGAGUGUUGGCCAUCAUCUCCUCUUCAUCUUUGCCUUUAAUUAUCAGUUAACCAACAUGCCCAAAAGUCAGAACAGAGCUUCUGAUUUAUCUUAAUCACAGUUCACUUUGAAAUCUUACAAAUCUGCAGCUUUAAUGUGAUUUGCUGUAGUCUUGUUCUCUUCUCUUUAAGAUAUAUCACCAACCUUGGGAGCAAAUCCUGGGACGAUCAGGCCGUGCUCUAAUCUUUUCUCAUGUUUCAACCUAAUGCCCAGUUUCACUGUGGAGGACUAAACUUGUUUUUCUCUUCAUCCGAAUGGCUUUAUUUGUGCAAAUGUAUUGUUAGUAUGUUUAAUGGUGACUGUUGAUUGUUAAGGUACACAGUGUGUGAAUGUCGUGUUUUAUGUGAAAAAAAACAAAAAACUGCAGAUCCAAUCAAUGCGAGUUGACGGUAACCUGGUUAAACUAGUCCGACCGGAAGCGAUGAAGUGAAUGAACACGGUUAGUUGUUUGUGAGGACGUUUAAGAACAUUGCAACGGGUCCAAAACAUGUAAAUAGGAAGGUGCCAGAAAGAUUUAAAUUAUAAAAAAAACAAACUCCUGUACGUACUGAAGGAAUCUGUUUACAUUUGUGAAAUGUUUCUUUUUGUGAAAAUCUUUUAGAACUGAGAAAAGCAUGCCAGAAGACAUAUAGAAGCACAAUAUAUAUAUAAAUAUAUAUAUAAUUUAUGUUGGUUGUGUGGAUUCUGUUACUUUAUAUUUCAUGUAAAUAGAUGUGACAUACAGUACUAUGGGAGAGAUAUUUCUUAAAUCCAUUUGUACUAGCUUUGUAGAAAGUUUACUCUAUUUUGAAAGAGCAUCGUAUAUUUGAUAGCCAAAUUAUAUGCUAUGUAAAUGUUUAUUUAUGGUGACGUUACUCUGAAGAAUCGCCGAGCAUUGCCACCAUUUUCAGUACCUCUGUGUUCAAAGGUGGUGUUGUCAUUGCAUGCGUUUAGAUUGCAGUUGACCUUAGUUGCCAGUAAGCACAAUAUAACUUUUUUUUUUUGUUUUAAUUUUUGGUUUGUUAUGUUUCAGAAAUGUGUCACUAAACAGAAACUUAACAAGGAAUGCCUGACCAAUGAGAUUUUCUGCGUAUGAACAUAGACAAUGACAAAAUGUGCCAUUGGACUGCAAAUGUUGUCACUAUUUGAACAAGUUGCAAUACAAUUUUACUUCCCACUAACUGCAAUAUAUGAAUAUUGUCUGAUUUAAGACAUUAUUUUUGAUUAUUUCUAAGCUUAUUUCAUGAAUAUUAACUUCAGCAUUGUUCAUGGGGCUCUAUAUUACACAGUGUUUCUCAGUUUUCUGCUUUACAUGGAUAGCAUUGUUGUUUUCGAUAUAGUCGUGGCUUAUUUUGUUACCUGGAGGUCUAUUUUGCACUGUAAAUGACUUCAGAAAAUAAAUAUACCCAGCCCA